UGCGAAAUCGUUCAUGCUACUAUAAAAUUAGCUAUUUUUUUUUGUUUGUGUCAUUAAACAUACAAUAAUCAAGUACAAUAAAACACUUACAUUGUUAGCAAUAAUUGAUCACUUUAAACACCCCACUUUCACAGUUCUUCUAUCAACAUGUCAGACGGUAGUGAUCGGAUAAAAUUCGAAUUUAAAAUGAGCGAUAUUACACGUGUGUCAGAAACGUUAAGGUUAUGAACGAUAAAUAUUGUGCAACUGGUACCUCUAAUUCAUGCAAGAAUAAACAUGAUUGGUGCUACAUUAGGAUUAAAAACUUUCUUUUCAGGUGCAGCAAACUAAAAAGAUUAAAAGUGAUAAUUUAAUGAAAAAUAUUUAUAUACAAUGGCAAGAAAAAAAGACAUUCGAUUAUUGAAAAUUUAAUAAGAAUAAGAACACUUCUUUUUCCAAGGAAGUUUAAUUUCAAAUAACAAAAAGGUGUUGGAAAACAUGACAGAUGUUAAACCAAUUGGAAUCUCUCAAAAUCAGCCACAACAAACACAACAACAACAACCUCAACAACCUCCACAGCAGCCUCAGCAGCAACAGCAGCAACCGUCUCAACAACAGCAAUCGCAACAACAGCCUCAGCAACAGCAGCAAAUGAUGAUUGCAACCCAUGAUAUUCAACAACAACAAAAUGUACAGCAACAACAACAGCAUGUUCAACAACAAUCAGCUCAGCAACAACAAGUACCACAGACUCAGCAACAAGUACAAUCGCAACAGGUUCAGCCUCAACAACAAAUACAGCAGCAAGUGCAAUCGCAACAACAAAUGCAAGUUCAGCAACAGGUUCAACAGCAAGUUCAGCAACAAGUUCAGCAACAGCAGCAGCAGCAGCAACAGUCUCAACAGCAACAGUCUAAUAAUGGACCGCACAAUGUUGUUCCCACACAAGUACAAGUCCAGCCACAGGUAGCAGCAAUCAUGCCUCAACAACAGGGUGCUGUUGCAGUAUCAAUGCAACAUCAACAGCAAGGUGUUGGAGGGGUAUCCAUGACUUUGUCUGGUCAACCAGGAGCGACAACUAUAACCACUAUGGCUGCACACCCUCAAGCAGUACAAGUUAUUCAGCAACCCAUGCAAAACCAAGCAUAUCAUUUACAGCAACUGUAUAAUACUCAAGGAACUCCAUUACUAAUGCCAGGGAACCUGGCUCUUCAUCCAGCAGGGAUCAAUCCUUCCUCUAUACAGGUCAUAACGGCUGGAAAGCCAUUUCAGUCAGCUGCUCAACUCACACCUCACAUGUUGACUACUGCCUCAACACCGGGUCAAGGUGGAGGUCACCCUGCAGCUGGUGGUACUAAAGUACAAGGAUUUCCUACCGGUUACCUACCAGUACCCACUUCUGCUACACCAGGAGCAGGACAAACCUUAGUAUUCGGACAACUUGGUGUGCUCGGUUCUCCACAACCUCCACCAUCUAUACAACAGCAGCAGCAACAGCAGUCUGCGGCUAAACAAGAUCAAGUACAAAAGUAUACUACAUGUACGGCAGCUACGCCACCCGGCGGAAGGGGUGGUAUGCAGUUUGCUCCAUGGCAGUUUACGCCACAGGUUGCUUGGACGGGGAUUCAACCACCUGCGCUUCUUACCAAUCAAAUAUUCAUACGAGGUCCUAAUCAACCCGAUAUGUUUAUACAAAGUCCACAACCUAUUCAAGCUCAUAACGCAUUGGCAACGCAGCAACAAAUUCAGGGGGUACAACAAAUUGCUGCAGCUAGCGCAAAACCGAAGGUAAUGGAUAUACAGCAACAGCAGCAACAGCAGGGUAAGCAGAGCACAGGCGGGCAACGACCGUUGAGUAUUUUGCCGUCCUCUCUACAAGCUGUACAAGCUGCCAAUAUACGGGCCGCCAGUUCCGUCUCUACCCAAACCGUUCACGGAGUACAAGCCACGGUAUAUGCACAGAGUGGAAAAGGAAGUGGUAGUAGCGGUAAAGGCCGCGGUAAACCACUGCAAUCGCCGCAACAACCGCAGCAACAGUCACAGCAAACGAUGCAACAACAACAUCAACAGGUUUUUAUUCAACAGAAACAGCAUACGCAGCAGCAACAGCAGAUGCAGCAGCAGUACCAACAGCAGCAAGUACAACCAUCGCAACAGCAGAUACAGCCUAAACCAAUAAUGACAAACAUGGCUAUACAACAACAGCAACAACCCGGUGUAGUUCUUGGUGGUGAACGCCCGAUCAUGCCCGUUGUAUCUGUAGGGGGAGUAGGGGUUGGAGUUGGAGUUGCCACUACAUCUCAAAUGAGUCAAGUACAACAAUCACCAAUGUCCACAGUACAACAGUUACCACUGCAGGCGAUUAAUUCGACAAUAAUUGGUAGUCAAAUAGUUAGUGGGACGUCGCAGGUUCAAACAAUGUCAAUGGUAAAUCAGUCAUCAGAUCAGCAAACCCACGAGAAUAGCAAUUCCACUAUAAUGAUUACGUCGCCCGAUCGUAAUCAUCAAGCAGAAUGUUCCUUAGUAUUACCAUCCACUACGAAUAUACCAAUUACCAACGAUGAAAAUUCUAAACCAAUGUUGAAAAAGGAAGAACCGUUGCCGCUUACGAUAGAGGAAAUUACAGUAUCGCAACCAGAAACGACAGAUGGGGACCAAUGUAAAGCAACCAUAAAAGAUGAAGAAAGUUCACCAGUGAAGCCCGAAGAGAAACCCUGCAACAAUCCUUUGGCGGGAUUGGCGAAUACCAUUAAUUCUAUAACGAAUGGUGUUAGCAAUGAAGAGUCUGCAGCAAUACCCGUUUCAGUACCGGUUACUGCAAACAGUAAACAUGUGCCUCCAAAAGCAAUGGUUAAACCACAAGUCCUUACACACGUAAUAGAAGGUUUUGUCAUACAAGAAGCGUCUGAACCAUUUGCUGUUAAUCGAACGUCAUUAAAUAAUACAGUUAGUCAAGAAAAUAGUAAUAUUUUGAAUCGUAAUAGUAAUAUGUCCGAGAAAGAGAAUCACGAAGAACCGCCAAGGAAGAAGCACGCGCCCAGUUAUCCCAGCGACGAGGAUGGAAAUAAUGUUCAAAUCGGGAAAUGUGAAAGUUGCGGUAAUCUAGUGGAUGAACAGAAUAUUAAGUUCAAAAAGGAGAAGCGAUUCUGUUCCACCGGUUGCGCAAAAAGUUAUGAAUCAAAUAGCAAAAAACGUGAAAGAGACCGUGACGGAGUGGAAAAACAAUGGACUGAAAUGGAGACUGAAUCGAAGAACAUUGAUGGAGACCUGAUCAAGAAGAAUGGGGAAGAUAAAUCAUUAUCUACUACGACUACUACGUCUUCUGUUGAUGAAACACUGCCAAAAGUUAAUCCUGUCAAGUGGACGGUUGGAGAAGUAUGUGAUUUCAUACGUGGUUUGCCAGGUUGUGCGGACUACGCGGAAGAUUUCGCUAUCCAAGAAAUAGAUGGUCAAGCACUCAUGUUACUCAAGGAAGAUCACCUCAUGUCGGCGAUGAGUAUCAAAUUGGGUCCGGCGUUAAAAAUUGUUGCCAGAAUCGAUUCAAUGCGUGUAGAAUCAUUAUCGAAUUCCAAUCCCACUUCUAAUAAUUCGUAAACGUUUACUGCUUGAGAUUUUUAUCGUCGAAAUUUCAAGUUGCAGCCUAUGGGCUACAGGGUUUGUGCAAGUAUUCGAUCAGAUCGUAGAUUUAAGACUUUUAAGGAAAACAUGAGAUAAUUUUUUUUUUUCAAUGAACAUACAAACGUUUUUGUUUCCUUCUAUCUCAUUCAAUUCCGCUGUAAGUCCUUUUCUUUUUUUUAACCCCUUGAGAUACGACACUCAGCCGGGUGAAAUCCGGGCCAUAAAUUAUAACGACCGAUAUCUCAUUUGUGUUGUGAUCACGAGUCAGACUCGCCAGAGUAUGCCAAGGGGUUAAACGGAUUUGGUAUAUUCUUUACCAAGUGUUUUUAGUACUUCAAAAUAUGUCGAUGUGGUUUAAAAAUCGAUCUCUGUAAGACAAUAUUUCAAGCCUCGUACUACUUUUUGGUAUGUUAGACGGUUCCAUCAGCGAUUGAAUAUAAGUAUAGCUUUUAUUUAAUUGUUACUUUCAGUAUAUCGUACUGGCAAUAUACAGAUAUGGAAUUAUAUGCCUUCGAUCAGUCUUACAUCGAUUGAUUUUUAUAACGUGUAAAUAAGACUCAUUCUUCAUUUUUUUUAUUAAAUGUAUCUAUACUGCAUCUAAGAAAUUUUUAGAGUACCAUUUUAAGAAAUAUGAUUGACUAGAACUAUCAAGAAACUGAGUACAAAUUAUGUCCAUUACAAGAGAAAAAAAAAAGUGUAUAUAUACUAUCCGGCAUAUAAGCGAUGUAUUUUGUACUCGAAAAUUACUUUUGGAAGGUGUACAAAAAUUACUGCCUUCUGUAAGACUUACAAUAAUUCUGAGAGGAAAUCAGGCAUUUUUAAAAAUGAAAAAAAAAGAAUUGGGCUUUAUGAUAAAUAGUAAUUCAUGUGCUUGACAAUUUCAAACCGAAAUGUAGGACGUUUUAAAGCAACGCAAUUAACACUAUCGACCAUAUACUUUGUAAAUGUAUCAUGUGCACUCAACUUGCAUACAUGUAAAUAUUAAACAUAAAAUGUUUAUUUAAUAUACAAAUUUUAUAACAUGAAAUUUUAGUUAUUAACAGAAGUAAUCCUUCCAUUUAUAGUAAUUUGCUUUCAAUUAAGUAAUCGUUCACUGUAAAUGAAAGACGUAUAUUUCUAUUAUUUGUAUAAAAUGUGGUUACACAAGAUGCAAGACAGUAGUGUUUUAAUCUUACAUAAGAUUUUAUGAAUGUCUACCGUGAAACGUGUUCAUUGAAAGCAAGAAAAUAUUAAUGUGUUAUUUAUACUCGGUCUUUAAAUUUAUAAACAGUGUAAAUAUAAUAUUUAUUCUCUAAGCAUUUAUUUAAUAGGUCUAUUUAAUUCUGUAUUAAAUCAUGUAUGAGUCGGUAACUUUUACAAAAAGUUAUUUCAAAAUUUUAACUCAAUAUUUGUAUACAUUACGCGAGUGAUACUUUUAUAUUACAACCUUUACUUCCAUCUAUAAUAGGAGAAUAUUAAAAAAUUAUAAACAUAUAUUUAGGUAAAAUAGCACGAAUUAUGAAGAAAAGUUAUAUGUUAUAAAGCACAUUCGUUCUAUGUCAAAUUUGAAAAUCACUCAGGGCUUAAUCACGCAGUAUGCCUUUUAUACUCGUUUGGAAGACAUUAUGGUAUGGGAUGUAUACAAUUCUGACUUCUUAAAUAAAACAAAUUUUUUAAAAGAGUGUAUUUACACUAAAAUUUAUAUGACAUGUGUAUAUAGAAAUUGUUAAACUAUAAAGUGUACCAUUUCCUUUUAUUAAGAAGAAAUAUCAUUCAGUGCAUACUUUUCUUUUAAUGAAAAUUUACAUGUUUCUUUUUAUUUACUAUUUAUAAUUUAUUAUAAUAUUCAUUGCAAUACAUUUACACCUGUAAUUUCUAUACCAUUAUUAUCUUCUAAAGCUUUUCCCUCAUCCAACAUUUCUCUUUGUUGUAACAAAUACAGUCUCUUCUGUUCAGGUCGUACGUAUCGGAUAUAAUUGUAUAUCUGAACCCCGAUCAUUACGGCGCAUAUAGUUGAAAAAGCUAAGCAUGUUCUUACUGCUCCUCGGUGCAACUGAUCUAAUAUAUAUUCUUUUCUUCUCCUUGGCGGGAUCAUUUUCUGUUUAUUCGAUUUAACUUUUGGUGUGUACUGAAAAUUAUAUGUUUAUAAAUUAAUCUAAGUUACAAAACUGAUUUAUACUUUUAUAAGUUGACUGGUUUAAAGCAUUGUUGAUUGAUCUAUUUUGAUUAAUUGAUCAACUAAUUUAUAAAUUAUUUUAUGAAAUAAUACAUACCUGUUAAUUGUCCUUAUAUCAUUAAAGUAUGUUAUAGUUAACCGUUGAUAUUCAUUAUAUUUUACUUUUGAAUCGCUUUAUUUUGAGGUUAGAGUGUAAGUAUUACGCGUCUUUCAGGAACACACUGAGAAGUGUUCUUAAUUUACUAGUCUAACCUAACCUACGACAAGGAUUAUUAUGUAAUUUUUGUUUCCAACGAUUAAAUGGAAACUGAGAUAGAUUAAAUAAAAAUAAAUUUAUAAAUAUUUUAUCACACAUUAUUCACGUACAAUUAUUAUGUAUUUCAGACCACUCCUCAAAAUUUCAGUAGAUAUUAUACGUCUUACUCGUGUUGACCCGCAGGACGCGAAUACCAUAUUCGUUCUUGAGGAAAAUGAUUUUUUUGUAAUUACAUAGAAUAUGGUCUGUUACGUCAAAACGAAUAAAAUUACGUGUAACAUGUAUUGAAAGUUUGAGGGGAAUAAAAUCUUACCUAGCAAUUCACACAAGAUUCAUAUUUCUGUAACGUUAUUAUUUAUUUCUCGAACAAUAUGUACACAAUUUGUAAUUUAAAAAAUAAAUUAUACC